UACAUAAUUUUUCAAAGUUACAGAAUUAGCACAGAAAAAAGGCAUGUGUUGGCUUGUGUUAUAUGUUUGAGUUUCUCUCGCUUCAUUAGGUUGUGGUAUUGCUGCCUGUGUUGUCAAGUCGCAUGAUGCGUGUGGAAAACCAUCUUUCUAUGUUGUAGCAGUAAAAAAACCACAGCCCUUAUCUCUCUGUGCCUCUACAGAGUAUAACCAGUUCUGAAACUCCUCCCACAACAAACAGGGAUGAGUGAAUGUGACGAUGUUCAGGAGAAGAACCAGCAGAGACAUAGUUUCCAGCAUCAUCAUCAUGAAGGUACCUGCAGUGGUGCUGUUGAUCCUGGGCUCUGUUCAUCUGGUCUCUACAGAGUCCAACUGCCUCUCAUUGCUGUCAAUGCUAAUAUCUGGAGAGACACAGCUUCCAGAGCUGACGAUAGUAGUGAUGAUCAAUGAUGUUCCUGUGGAAUACUAUGACAGUGACAUAAAGAAAUUUGUUUCUCGGAGACACUGGAGGAAAAAUGACACAAUACAGGAAACUCAUCUCAGAAACGAUGUUGCUUUGCAUAUUCACAAUAGCAUGAAAAAGGAAUUAUUUAUUCUGAUGAAGAAGUGUAAUGAAACUGAAGGAGUUCACAUAUUUCAAGGUGUUGCAGCCUGUGACCUGGAGAAUGAAACACUGGGUAAAUUUUUUGUUGUGGAGGCUUUUGAUGGAGAGGAAAAAUAUCAAUAUGAUGCCCUCACUCAUACACAAAAUACACUGGUGCCAGAGUUUGUCUGGAACGAGGAAAAAGGGAAUCAGAGAAAAGCAAUCUUCACAAAUAUGUACCAGCCUCUGUGUGUGAGGACACUUAGGAGAUACCUGCAGGAGGACAAGAACAUACUGCUGAGGAAAGAGCGUCCCAGAGUGAGGGUCAUACAGAAGACAGAGCCACACAGCGGAAGGACACAGGUGAGCUGUGUGGCCACCGGCUUCUACCCCCGACGCGUCAACAUGACCCUGCUGAGGGACGACCGGCCCGUCCCAGACCGGGAGCUCACGGGAGGAGAGGUGCUGCCCAACGGAGACGGGACCUACCAGCUGAGAAGGAGUCUGAGUGUCAGUGAGGAGGAGCUGAGAGAGAGACACCGCUACACCUGUACUGUGUCGCACCUGAGUGUGGACAACAAGCUGGACGUCAGCUGGGAACCAGAAGCUCCUGCAGACCCUGUGCUCAUCAGUGCAGUUCUCAUCGCUGUCCUGGUUCUCACUGCACUCAUCAUCACAGCCAUUGUCCUCUGCAGGAGAAGAAGACACAUUGGUCGCCAGAAUGACCGACCAGCUGUGCGAUACACUGCAGGGCAGACGGAAUGACUCGGUGUCCCACUGCAUGACAGGACUCUGUACACUGACACUUACACUGGGACACUGUACACCUGUAUGGUAGGACAAACUUCUACAGCCAGAAGGUCUGGAUGUCUUCAUACCAUGGUCCCAGAUCCAUCUUGGGUUUGACUUCAUUACAGCACCAGAUCAGCUGUGUGAUGUCUCACCUGGGAAUGUCCAGUCUGAGUGUGAAGAAGUGUGGGACAUGAAGGACACCCCAUUCACAUCAUCGUCAGUAGUGUGAUGUCUCACAGCAGUGCUGAAGGUUGAUGAUGAGAUUUUCAUCAUCAUUUUAAAAGUCCAGGUAAUGAAAUUUCUAAAAGAAACAGCUUCUGGAUUGUGAAGUACUUGCGUCUAGUGUCCUGCUGCUUCACCCCCCGAUCAAGACACGGGAACACAGCUGUGGGAGGUUCACGUGAGCAACAGCUGCAUGGAUCUCUACCAAAGAGGAGUGGAAACAGUGGGAGGUGAUCUUCGCUGAACCAAGGCAAAUAUGACACUGCUGAUGAACUCCUGAGCUCCACCUGCAACACUGACUGGUUGACUGGUGUUACAGGUGUUGGGCUGUGGUUCUCGUCUCUUCAGAGGACAUACUGUACGGUGCAGUGUGGACACACUCCGUUCUCUUCCUUCCUUUUCCUUCAGACGUUAGUGCUCGACCUGUGGGACGACUUAAAUUAACUCUGGAAGAUUUGUUUGACUCUUUGGAAAUCCACAGAACUGCUGCAUGACCACACCUGCUAUACACUGUUACGCUUUCCUUCUGAGCUCUAUUAUGUACCUGUAUGUAUCUGCAGAUUCUUGGUGCGCCAGGUUUCUCUGUGUGU